GCUGCGAAGUCGCAGAAAAUGUUGCUCCGCUGAAAUAAUUAAAUUUUCCCUGAAAAAAGUGACAAAAUGUGAUGAAAAGAUAUUAAAUCUACAAAAGAAAAUGGUUCCCUGAGGGAUGGGAAUGCGCUCCUGCGCAAAAUUCCAGAAAAUGAGGUCAAAAGAAAAUUCUAAAGUUCCUGCACAGGAGAUAAAAACUCUUCAUAAUGAGACUUUUAAAAGCUGUGAAAAAAGGUGUAACCGCUACCUGUAAGAAAUUUCGUCUGUGAGGAUUUUUUUUGGAGCUUGAGCUGUUUCUAUGAAUGUUUUGUGAUUGUUUUGUGAUGCAGCUCUGAAAGGAGAUUUUCUUUCUGGAAAUGUUUUUAAGAUGAGCCACCUGAAGAUAUUUCUACAGCGGAUGAGACAAUUGGAACGUUUUAACGAUAUUCGAGAAGCAGUUAUGAUGAAAUCUCUGCUAAAAAUAUAAUAAAAGAUCUAAUCUUCAACAAACGAAGCUACCCAAACAAGAUUCAAUUAACAGAAAUCCAUGAUUUUUCUUAGAAAGCUUCAAUGUUAUCAAAAUUGCAGACUUUGAGAAUUCCUAAAGAAGUUUCAAAUAAAUUUUAAGCUUUCUCAAGCACCUGAUUGAACGAUUCCUUCAGGGGAAAUUCAAUAAAUCCAUCAGAAGUUGCUGCUUUGCUUCGUAACUAUUUCGUUUGCUGAAUCGCCAUGGAAACUCUGCUAUCAACAUUUCCAUUAUUGAUCGAAGGAAAUUCUGUGCAGAAUGAUCCUGUCAAGGACUAAAUCCGAUUCAGCAAGCAGUUCACGACUUUCAGCGGGAAAUGGGGCAGUUAAGAAGCGCUCAUUGCCGCAGUUUGAGGAUUUUCUGCUGAAGCGUGACUACAUGGGGGCACAGACAUUGCUGGAGUUCACAAAGCCCAAGAAUGGACCGAUUGAUUGGACUAGGGAGCUGUGGUGGGCUUUUUGUGCCUUCCACCUAGGUGACUACAGGAAAGCCCUUGAGAAGUACGAAGCCAUCCGGAGGGAGGGAAAAUCCGCCAUUCCGGAGAAUGAGGUGAAUCUCAAUGUAGCCGUUUGUAUGUUCUACCUGGGGAUGUAUGAGGAAUCCCUCAAGCUGGUUGAAAGCAUCCCAAAUACUCCGCUAAAGCUACGAAUUAUUUUCCACUUGGCCAACAAAGUUGGUGAUGAGGAGCGUUUAAUGGAGCUGCAUGGAUCUCUGCGGGAUGUGACGGAGGAUCAGCUGAGCCUGGCUGGGAUGCACUACCUACGAGCUCACUACCAGGAAGCUAUUGACAUCUACAAGAAGAUCCUUCUGGAGAAUAAGGAUCUCCUUGCGGUGAAUGUCUACGUAGCUCUGUGCUACUACAAGUUGGACUACUACGAUAUCUCGCAGGAAGUGCUGGAUCUCUACUUGACACAGCAUCCCGAUAGCACGAUUGCCAUCAAUCUCAAAGCCUGCAAUCGAUUUAGGCUCUACAAUGGACGAGCAGCUGAGCAGGAGAUUCGUGGCUUGGUGGAUAGUGGAAGCUUCGGAGCUGAGUUGCUACGGCACAAUUUGGUUGUUUUUGAGGGUGGCGAUGGGGCCCUACAGAUCCUCCCGGGGCUUGUUGAUAUCAUCCCCGAGGCACGUCUCAAUCUUGCAAUUUACUACCUCCGCCGGGGUGACAUUCAGGAGGCGCAUCAGCUCAUGAAGGAAGUCCAACCAGCCGUACCGCAUGAGUACAUUCUCAAGGGUGUAGUCUAUGCGGCUCUCGGGCAGCAGAUGCACUCAAAGGAGUACAUAAAAAAUGCCCAGCAGUGUCUUCAUCUUGUCGGUGGUUCAGCAUCGGAAUGCGACACAAUUCCCGGACGUCAGGCCAUGGCAUCGGCUUUCUUCCUCUACUCUCAAUUUGAGGAAGUUCUCGUUUAUUUGAAUUCCAUCCGCAGCUACUUUGUCAACGAUGACACAUUCAAUUUCAACUAUGCCCAAGCAAAAGCAGCCACGGGGUACUUCAAGGAAGCCGAAGAGCUUCUUCUUCAGAUAACUGAUCCCAUCAUUCGCGGUGAGCACACGUGGUGCAUGGUGCUCGCACGCUGUCACAUUCAAUGUGGGCAUGCAGAUCAAGCUUGGAGUCUCUUCGUGACGAAGGACUCCUCACCGGAGGCUUUUUCUCUUCUUCAACUCAUUGGGAAUGAUUGCUACCGUGCCGGGGAAUUUUGGGUGGCAGCAAAGGCAUUUGAUAUGCUGGAGAAGUUAGAUCCAAACCCUGAGCAUUGGGAGGGAAAACGUGGAGCAUGUGCGGGGGCACUUCAGGCUGUUGUGGCAAAGAGAACGUCUGGUGGACCUCCGGGUGGUAUUGGUGACAUCAUUGCCCUCCUAAGGGACUCCACGAAUUCUCAAGCUGAAACAAUGACAAGGACAAUUAGGAGGUUUGCCAGUCAAAUGAAAUAAAUCUGCAGUAAGUAGCUUCAAUGUGGGGUGAGUUAGUAUUUAACUGAAAGAAUGUGCCUUAUUCAGUGACCAAGAAAUCCUUGAAAUUCGCUUGAAAUCUUGAAAUUUCAGUUAAAUAGAGAUUUAAUUACAAAAUUAGUAUCAAUUUCCUAGAAAAACUAGAUUUCUCAGGUUUUUCAUAAAUUUAGGAACAUUAGGAUAUAAUUUCAAACUGAUUUCAGAAACAUUUUAAAAAGUAUACAAUACAUUACAUAUAUGAUGAUCUGAAUUAUGGUCGUUUAUUUUAAUUAAUUAAACGGAAUAUUAUAUCUCUUCUAGCUUAUGUAAAAAUUUUCUGAAAAAAUUGAGAAAAGAGUUUUUUUUAAUUGAAUUUAAAUCCGUUGAGCACUCACACUUUAAGUGGUUCAAAGGGAGUGGAUGCGAAUAUAUAGCCUCUCCAUUCCAAUUCCUAAUGCCCACCGCCAAGAAGGUGAACCACGGACUACGAAUUGACCACCCAAUAUUCGUAGACAGACGGGCAAGGGACCCCAAAUGUGGAUUGAGUCGAAGGGGUAAUUUCGACUCAUGGACUGGCACCUUGCCAGACGGAUUUUGUGCCUGGACAUUGCCAGAAAAUAUCAGGGGAGCUGUAUUUGAAGCUCACAGAUGUUGUUUUUGGAGUUUUUGCAACUGUUACGGCUUCGACGGAUGAAACUAUCGGGCCUGUAACCGUUGAAGUUAAUGAAGGAUUUGAGCGCUACGUCUUACAAGACGUAGCGCUGAGACUUCAUUGCUAUACUGAAUUCCUGGUAAGUUACUGGAAACCUCGUUGUUGCCCUCAAGGGACACUUGUGCAGCAUGAUGAUGACUUCGUGUUGAACAUCUGUGUCUUGAGGCUGAAACAGAUAAACAGUGUGGCCGUGUGGCCUUGUUUGGAAUUUUGGAGGACAAAACGAAAAAGGGACAAGAGGUUAAAAUCCUCAGAGGAACUACCUCUGUCUUCUGCCACCAGAAGUCAGAGUUUGGAAUGAUCCCGCAUGUGACAUACAGGCGGGAACAGUGAGAAACACCUUGGAGACUCAACCAAGGUGAAAGACAUUUGCAGUUGUUUUAGCUGCAAAUAUUGUGGAACUUCAUUGAUCGUCUACGGAUCAUGGUGGAAGUCAAUCUUCCAUCAAGAUACGCGGUCAAUGGAGGUGGGGGACCGUUUGCACCUUGAACCUGCCAUGCAGCUGUUGAAGGUGCAAUGCGGAAAGCCAUUACAAAUCGUUGUUUAGAACCUACGCAACCGUGGGUUCUUGGCAGUGCGAUUUGCGCCGGAGUAAUGCUCCUAAGCAUCAAAAGAACACGUAAAACCAAAAAAAAAAAAAAAUUAAAAAGAAAAAAAGUAAAAUGUAAAAAAAAAUAAAAAAGAACAAAAAAUUGUAAAGCACCAAUAUUUUUUCUGUUUCUGAAAUCAGUUUGUAAUCUCUGUAAAAUCUCAAAAAAAUAAUGUAAUAGAAUUAAAAACAGUUGUCAGUUCAGCCAAAUUAAUCAUUCCUAAAUUUUUUUUUCCUUUAAAUUCUGUACAGAUUUAAGUUUUGGAAUAAAAUUCAACUCACCCACAA